GACUUUCCGCCCUUCACCAUGGCCUCCCAGGGUGCGACGCUGCAAAACUACAACAACGAGCUGGUGAAGUCGAUUGAAGAUCUCCGUGAGAAGCGUGAAGAGCUCAACCGGCAGAUUCUGAAGGAGGAAGAGGACAAAGCAAAGAUCCAGAAAGAGCUUUCCAUUCUGACUGACCGCUUGCAGAAGAUCAACGAAAGCCUCGUUCGCAAGACUCAGGCCCGGAACGAGUACGACAAGACCAUUCAAGAGACGGAGGCCGCGUACAUGAAGAUCUUGGAGUCCUCGCAGACCCUCCUCCACGUGCUGAAGCGUGAGACAGUGAACUUGACCAAGAAGAAGGGCGAGCAAUGA